AUGGCGAUGCAGACCCGGGAGCAGCACAUCCGCCGGGACAAGGCCACCAGCAACAUCUGCACUGCACAGGCCUUGCUCGCCAACAUGGCUGCCAUGUACGCUGUCUACCAUGGUCCAGCGGGGCUGAAGGCGAUCGCUGACCGGGUUCAUGGCCUGGCUGGCACCUUCGCCCACGGCCUCAAGAAGCUCGGGACAGUGACCGUGCAGGACCUGCCCUUCUUCGACACGGUCAAGGUCACGUGCUCUGAUGCACGUGCAAUUGCCAAGGAAGCUGUCAAAAACGAGAUGAACCUCCGGGUUGUCGACGCCAACACGAUAACCGUAGCAUUUGAUGAGACCUCCACCCUGGAGGAUGUUGACAAGCUGUUCAAGGUGUUCAACAAUGGAAAAUCAGCCAGCUUCACAGCUGAAUCCCUCGCACCAGAGGUCUCAAGCUCAAUUCCUAGCAGCCUUGCUCGCGAGAGCCCCUACCUAACGCAUCCAAUCUUCAACAUGUACCACACAGAGCAUGAGCUUCUUCGUUACCUGCAUAAGUUGCAGUCCAAGGAUCUCUCACUGUGCCACAGUAUGAUCCCUCUUGGUUCUUGCACAAUGAAGCUAAACGCUACUGUUGAGAUGAUGCCUGUUACAUAUCCCAACUUCGCGAACCUGCACCCGUUUGCCCCCACUGAUCAGGCUGCAGGGUACCAUGAAAUGUUUGAUGACUUGGGCAACCUGUUAUGCACGAUCACAGGUUUUGAUUCUUUCUCUUUGCAACCAAAUGCUGGUGCUGCAGGAGAGUAUGCUGGAUUGAUGGUUAUCCGUGCAUACCACAACUCAAGAGGAGACCACCACCGCGAUGUCUGCAUCAUUCCUGUAUCAGCACACGGCACAAAUCCUGCAAGUGCUGCUAUGGUUGGAAUGAAGAUUGUUGCUGUUGGAACUGAUUCCAAGGGUAACAUAAACAUCGAGGAAUUGAGGAAAGCUGCAGAAGCAAACAAGGACAACUUGGCUGCGCUGAUGGUAACCUACCCUUCAACCCACGGUGUCUAUGAAGAAGGCGUUGAUGAGAUCUGCAGGAUCAUUCAUGAAAAUGGCGGACAGGUCUACAUGGACGGGGCUAACAUGAAUGCUCAGGUUGGGUUAACAAGCCCUGGUUUUAUUGGAGCUGAUGUUUGUCACCUUAACCUUCACAAGACAUUUUGCAUUCCACAUGGUGGAGGUGGUCCCGGCAUGGGUCCUAUUGGGGUUAAGAAGCAUUUGGCACCGUUUUUACCAUCUCACCCAGUUAUUCCCACUGGUGGCUUUCCUCUCCCUGAGAAAACCGACCCUCUCGGUACCAUUUCUGGUGCUCCAUGGGGAUCUGCCUUGAUUCUGCCAAUUUCCUAUGCAUAUAUAGCCAUGAUGGGUUCACAGGGACUCACUGAUGCUUCAAAGAUCGCGAUCUUGAAUGCAAACUACAUGGCAAAACGUCUGGAGAAACACUACCCAGUUCUGUUCCGUGGAGUCAACGGAACUGUUGCCCAUGAAUUCAUCAUUGAUUUAAGAGGAUUUAAGACGACUGCUGGUAUAGAGCCAGAGGACGUGGCAAAGCGCCUGAUGGACUACGGAUUUCACUCACCAACUAUGUCAUGGCCUGUUCCUGGCACACUUAUGAUUGAACCAACUGAAAGUGAGAGCAAGGCCGAGCUGGACAGGUUCUGUGAUGCUCUUAUCUCCAUCAGGGAAGAGAUUGCAGAGAUAGAAAAUGGCAAAGCAGAUGUGCUCAACAAUGUCCUGAAGGGCGCUCCUCACCCACCGCAACUCUUGAUGGGUGACACAUGGAGCAAGCCGUAUUCCAGGGAGUACGCUGCGUUCCCCGCGGCAUGGCUCCGGGGCGCCAAGUUCUGGCCAACAACAGGUCGUGUGGACAACGUCUACGGGGACCGCAACCUCAUCUGCACGCUGCAGCAGGCGUCCCAGGUGGCCGAGGAAGCCGCAGCUGCAACUGCGUAA